CCAGCCCCACGCUAUAAAAUCCCCACCGCUCCCAAUCUUGCGUCAAAUCAAUUCGACAGAUCGACCCGCCCCUCCGCAGCGGCGACACACAGGCACAGGCACAGGAGCCACACACCGCGCCUACCCCCCGAUGGACGUCCUCCUCCUGGAGAAGGCCCUGCUGGGCCUCUUCGCCGCGGCGGUGCUGGCCAUCGCCGUAGCCAAGCUCGCCGGCAAGCGCUUCCGCCUCCCACCCGGCCCCUCCGGCGCCCCCAUCGUCGGCAACUGGCUGCAGGUCGGCGACGACCUCAACCACCGCAACCUGAUGGGCCUGGCCAAGCGGUUCGGCGAGGUGUUCCUCCUCCGCAUGGGCGUCCGCAACCUGGUGGUCGUCUCCAGCCCCGAGCUCGCCAAGGAGGUCCUCCACACCCAGGGCGUCGAGUUCGGCUCCCGCACCCGCAACGUCGUCUUCGACAUCUUCACCGGCAAGGGACAGGACAUGGUGUUCACGGUGUACGGCGACCACUGGCGCAAGAUGCGGCGGAUCAUGACGGUGCCCUUCUUCACCAACAAGGUGGUGGCGCAGAACCGCGUGGGGUGGGAGGAGGAGGCCCGGCUGGUGGUGGAGGACCUCAGGGCCGACCCGGCGGCGGCGACCAAGGGCGUGGUGGUGCGACGCAGGCUGCAGCUCAUGAUGUACAACGACAUGUUCCGCAUCAUGUUCGACCGCCGGUUCGAGACCGUGGCCGACCCGCUCUUCAACCAGCUCAAGGCGCUCAACGCCGAGCGCAGCAUCCUCUCCCAGAGCUUCGACUACAACUACGGCGACUUCAUCCCCGUCCUCCGCCCCUUCCUCCGCCGCUACCUCAACCGCUGCACCAACCUCAAGACCAAGCGCAUGAAGGUGUUCGAAGACCACUUCGUCCAGCAGCGCAAGGAGGCGUUGGAGAAGACGGGUGAGAUCAAGUGCGCCAUGGACCACAUCCUGGAAGCCGAAAGGAAGGGCGAGAUCAACCACGACAACGUCCUCUACAUCGUCGAGAACAUCAACGUCGCAGCCAUUGAGACGACGCUGUGGUCGAUCGAGUGGGGCCUCGCGGAGCUGGUGAACCACCCGGAGAUCCAGCAGAAGCUGCGCGAGGAGAUCGUCGCCGUGCUGGGCCCUGGCACGCCGGUGACGGAGCCGGACCUGGAGCGCCUCCCCUACCUGCAGUCCGUCGUGAAGGAGACGCUCCGCCUCCGCAUGGCCAUCCCGCUCCUGGUGCCGCACAUGAACCUCAGCGAUGCCAAGCUCGCCGGUUACGACAUCCCCGCCGAAUCCAAGAUCCUCGUCAACGCCUGGUUCCUCGCCAACGACCCCAAGCGGUGGGUGCGCGCCGACGAGUUCAGGCCCGAGCGCUUCCUCGAGGAGGAGAAGUCCGUCGAGGCCCACGGCAACGACUUCCGGUUCGUGCCCUUCGGCGUCGGCCGCCGGAGCUGCCCCGGGAUCAUCCUCGCGCUGCCCAUCAUCGGCAUCACGCUCGGACGCCUGGUGCAGAACUUCGAGCUGCUGCCGCCGCCGGGGCAGGACAAGAUCGACACCACCGAGAAGCCAGGGCAGUUCAGCAACCAGAUCCUCAAGCACGCCACCAUCGUCUGCAAGCCACUCGAGGCUUGAUUGAGUUCAGAUCUCGGUCAUGCGCGUACGCUGAUGCGGGGAGAUCGAUCUAUGCAUGUGACUCUGUAUUUUGCAUUUUGGUGUUUCACAGUAGUAAGUUUAAUUUUUCUUUGGUGUUGGGCUAUUUGUCUUCAUUUGAGGCGUCGAUGUUGUAAAUUUCCAAAUAGUUGGCAAUGUGAUGUAAAACUUCUUGGCUCCAAA